AACCUGUUUCCUCCUCCUCCUUCUCCUCCUCCUCUGCGACCUCCUCCUCCUCCUACUCCUCCUCUCUCUCCUGAGAAACUUCGCCUGGCCAGUGCGGAGCGGCGCUGCGCAGCCCGGGGAGGGACGCAGGCAGGCGGCGGGCAGCGGGAGGCGACAGCCCCCCGUGCGGUCCCCACGGUGCCCGACCAAGCCCCGUGCCCGCCGCGCCAUGGCCCGGAGACCCCGGCACAGCAUAUACAGUAGUGAUGAGGAUGAUGAAGACAUUGAGAUGUGUGAUCAUGACUAUGAUGGGCUACUUCCCAAGUCUGGAAAGCGUCAUUUGGGAAAAACGAGGUGGACCAGGGAAGAGGAUGAAAAAUUAAAGAAGCUGGUAGAACAGAAUGGAACAGAUGACUGGAAAGUUAUUGCCAAUUACCUCCCGAAUCGAACAGAUGUGCAGUGCCAGCACCGAUGGCAGAAAGUCUUAAACCCUGAGCUCAUCAAGGGUCCUUGGACCAAAGAAGAAGAUCAGAGAGUGAUAGAGCUUGUACAGAAAUACGGUCCGAAACGUUGGUCUGUUAUUGCCAAGCACUUAAAGGGGAGAAUUGGAAAACAAUGUAGGGAGAGGUGGCAUAACCACUUGAAUCCAGAAGUUAAGAAAACCUCCUGGACAGAAGAGGAAGACAGAAUUAUUUACCAGGCACACAAGAGACUGGGGAACAGAUGGGCAGAAAUCGCAAAGCUACUGCCUGGACGAACUGAUAAUGCUAUCAAGAACCACUGGAAUUCUACAAUGCGUCGGAAGGUGGAACAGGAAGGUUAUCUGCAGGAGUCGUCCAAGGCCAGUCAGCCUGUGGUGGCCACAAAUUUUCAGAAGAACGGUCAUUUGUUAGGUUUUCCUCAUGCUCCACCUUCAGCUCAGCUCCCUCCACCUGGCCAGCCCUCAGUUAACAAUGACUAUUCCUAUUACCACAUUCCUGAAGCUCAAAAUGUCCCUGGUCAUGUUCCAUAUCCUGUAGCGUUACAUGUAAAUAUAGUCAAUGUUCCACAGCCAGCUGCUGCAGCCAUUCAGAGACACUAUAAUGAUGAAGACCCUGAGAAAGAAAAGCGAAUAAAGGAAUUGGAAUUGCUCCUCAUGUCAACGGAGAAUGAGCUGAAAGGGCAGCAGGCGCUACCUACACAGAACCAUACAUGCAGCUACCCUGGGUGGCACAGCACCACUGUCUCCGACCACAGCAGACCUCAUGUAGACUGUGCACCUGUUUCCUGUUUGGGAGAGCACCGCUCCACUCCAUCUCUGCCUGUGGAUCCUGGCUCCCUGCCGGAAGAAAGCGCGUCUCCCACAAGGUGCAUGAUCGUCCACCAGGGCACGAUUCUGGACAAUGUUAAGAACCUCUUAGAAUUUGCAGAAACACUCCAGUUUAUAGAUUCUGAUUCUUCAUCGCGGUGUGAUCUCAGCAGUUUUGAAUUCUUUGAAGAAGCAAAUUUUUCACCUAGCCAACACCAAGCAGGCAAAGCCCUCCAGCUUCAGCAAACAGAGGGCAAUGUGAAUAGACCGGCAGGAGAGCCUAGCGCCAGGUUGAACAAACGCCUUGCAGGGGAGGUUCCCCUUGACCCACCCAGGCCCUUCCCUCCCAUGAGGCACAGCACAAUUCCACUGGUCAUCCUUCGAAAGAGGCGGGGGCCAAGCAGCCCCUCAGCCGCUGGAGAGGCUAACUCCUUCCUAUUUGCUGACGUCAGCAGCUCAACGCCCAAGCGUUCCCCUGUCAAAAGCCUGCCCUUCUCUCCCUCGCAGUUCUUAAACACUUCCAGUAACCAUGAAAACCUAGACUUGGAAAUGCCUUCUUUAACUUCCACCCCUCUCAAUGGUCACAAACUGACUGUUACAACACCAUUUCCUAGAGAUCAGACUGUGAAAACGCAAAAGGAAAAUACUAUUUUUAGAACUCCAGCUAUUAAAAGGUCAAUCCUAGAAAGCUCUCCAAGAACUCCUACACCAUUCAAACAUGCACUGGCAGCUCAAGAAAUCAAAUAUGGCCCUCUUAAGAUGCUACCUCAGACCCCCUCUCAUCUAGUAGAAGAUAUACAGGAUGUGAUCAAGCAGGAAUCAGACGAGUCUGGAAUGGUUGCUGAAUUUGCAGACAAUGGACUGCCUUUACUGAAGAAAAUCAAACAAGAGGUGGAAUCUCCAACCGAUAAAGCGGGAAACUUCUUCUGCUCAAACCAUUGGGAAGGGGACAGUCUGCACACCCAACUGUUCAUGCAGUCCUCGCCGGUGGCCGACGUGCCGAAUAUUCUUACAAGUUCUGUUUUAAUGACGCCAGUAUCAGAAGAUGAAGACAAUGUUCUCAAAGCAUUCACUGCACCUAAAAACAGGUCUUUGAUGAGCCCUUUGCAGCCUUGUAGUGGUGCCUGGGAAUCUGCAUCCUGUGGAAAGACAGAGGAUCAGAUGUCAGCUUCCAGUCAGGCCCGGAAAUAUGUGAACACAUUCUCAACCCGGACUCUGGUCAUGUGAGACAUUUCCAGACAAGCAUUAUGAUUUUCAGAACACUUCAACUUUCCCUGGGAUCUGCUGUUCCUUUGCAUGAAACUUUUCAUAAAUGGGAGAAGAGCUUAUUUUUGUUGUGGUACAACAGUUGAGAGCAGCACAAAGUGCAUUUAGUUGGCAGAAAUCUUGGAUUUCCACCAACUGAAAGGAUUUUUAAAAAUAAAUAACAGUCUUACCUAAAUUGUUAGGUAAUGAAUUGUCGUCAGUUGUGAAUAUCUUAAUGCAGACUUUUUUUAAAAAAAAUUAAAAUGAUUUAUGUGUAUUUUAUAAGAUCCAGCAAACCAGUAUUUUCUCCUGUGAUAACUUCUUUGAAUUUUUAUAUUAAAAAAGGUACUUCACGAUUUCACUUUUUUCAAUCACUAAACACAAAUACAUUGUUUAAAAAAUCAAUCUAAUAAGCAUUACUAUAAAUGUUGACUUCAUAACAUGAUAUAAUUAACCAAGAUUUCAAGUGUUCAUUUAUGGUUAAUAACAUUUGGAGGUACAUUUACUGUACUAAAACCAUUUUAUGGGAUUUUUUUGUUAGCUUGCUUUAAAAAUUAUUACUGUAUGAAAUAGUUUUAUAAAAAAAUUAUAUUUUUAUUCAGUAAUUUAAUUUUGUAAAUGCCAAAUGAAAACUGUGUUUUGCUGCUAUGGUCUUAGCCUGUAGACAUGCUGCUAGUUUCAGAUGGGGCAGUAGAGCUUUGUUGGAAAAGAAAAGAAACUUGGUGUUAGGUAAUUGACUAUGCACUAGUAUUUCAAACUUUUUUAUUUUUAUAUAUAUAUAUGUGUGUAUACACAUUAUAUUUCCCUUUUGUAAGACAUUGGAAAAACUUGUUUGGGAGAUUUAUUUUACAUUUGUUGUUUUUUGUUCUUCUUGGUUCCUAAGAGCAUGCAUUGCACUUCGUUGAUUGGGAGAUCUAUGUUGUUGACGUUCUAUGUUUUGUUUUGAGUUCAGCCUGACUGCUCUUAAAUCUGGGAUUGUGAGGGGAUCAUAUUCAUGGUUUCUACCCCGAUAGUCUCAGAAAUGCUCAGAGUCUGUGUUAGAAGCUGGGAUAGGAAAAACCUAGCAUUGAUAGCCUGUUGCUGCCUUAAGAACAUGUUGGUGGAAGAUGGUUGAAUUUUUGAUAUGAUGGUCUACUGACUGCCUUUUAGAGAAAUAAA